CAUUAGUCCCCAUAUUUCACAAACAAGUCCACAUUUGACUCUUUUUAACUACGGCAAAACACCAGAGAUCUCUCAAUAUCUUUCAGUUCCGUUCGCCGAUUUGCUUCCGCCGCUGCUCGCCGCCGCCGCCGAUUAAAUCUAGGGUCAACAGCUGUUUGUGAUAACAACUUCUAUCUAUUACGCUGGAUUGUGUGAAGUGACUCUACUUGAUGACAAUGUUACGGACUGCAAAGAAGUUUUGACCUUGAGGUUGAGUUUUAGGAAGGUUGUAGCUCUUUGCGAGGAUCAAAUGUUAUCUGAAAAGGGAAAGAUCAGGGUAAAUCAUUAGAAGUCCUCAGUUAGGAUUACUAAAGCGAGAUUAGCUAAAGCACAUCUGUCCUAUUGGCUAGGGUCUUCUGCUACCCAACUGCUAGAUCAAUGUUCACCUUUAAAAAAUCUAAAUAAUAUCAGUUAUUACUCAUUUCUUUUUAAAACAUCCUACUGAGAAUGAAGUGUGCCGGUGUGAUUGAAAGUGCCUACUUGGUUGCUGUUUCAUGGAUCUGAAGUCUCCUUAUGGGGUAAAACCUAAGAUGGAUAGAGAUUUUGAGCAAAAUAACUUUGAACAAGCUCGUUAUAGUUCUAUAGACACUAGAGCAGAGGUCAUUGGUUCUUCAAACCAGAAAUUUUUCCAGGAUCCAUCAAGUUCUAUCAAUACAGACAUAAGACCUCCUGAUUUCACUAUACCAGUUGCAGCUAGACCUGUAAUGAACUAUUCCAUUCAGACUGGCGAGGAGUUUGCUCUGGAAUUCAUGCGCGAAAGAGUUAACCCAAAGCAGAACCUCAUUCCUCAUGCUUCAGGGGGUACUGCUGGUGCAACUUCUUGUAUGGACCUGAAGGACAAAAGUGGAAUAUCUCAUACAGGUUCUGAAAGUGGAUCAGAUAUCGCCAUGAUCACCUCAGUUGGAAAAACUCGAGUUCAACAUCACGGGAGGUCUACUUCUGUAAAUGAAGGUAUAAGCAACCAUCAAGCUGUGCAAACUGAAACUAGAGCCUUAUCAAGAAAUAACAACAUUCAUGGAAUUCAAAGUCAAAUGUCUUCUAGAUCUAGUACAUUAACAAAGUUGAAGUUCCUCUGCAGUUUUGGUGGUAGAAUUAUGCCUCGUCCAAGUGAUGGGAAACUUAGAUAUAUUGGAGGUGAUACGCACCUCGUCCGUUUAAGAAAUGAUGUUUCUUGGGAGGAAUUCUGGCAAAAGAUGUUAACUUUAUUUAACAAUUGUCACACAAUAAAAUAUCAGCUUCCUGGUGAGGAUCUUGAUGCAUUAGUGUCAGUUUCUUGUGAUGAAGACUUGCAGAAUAUGAUAGAGGAAUUUAAUGUAUUAGAAGGUGAUGGAUCACAAAAAUUGCGUACAUUUCUCUUUUCUUACAGUGACUUGGAUGAUUCUCUGGCUGGUUUGGAGAAUAUUGAAGGAGAUCCAGAAAUGCAGUAUGUUAUUGCUGUAAAUAACAUGGACUUUGGUUCAAGAAGAAACUCCACUGCUCUGGCAAGCACUUCAGAAAAAAACCUGGAUGAGUUUCUGAGUGCAACAAUUGCUGGGGAGGAUGGUCAAGUUGCUAGGCAUGUGGCAGGGGCUGAUACUUCUGAUCCAGUCAUUGGCAUGCCUCUAACAAGUCAAUCUGCUCAUGAAGGGGUAUCAAUUUCAUCACAUAGAAUACUUGGGUCAAACUUGGGGCAUGACUCCAAUCAACUAGAAUACUUGGGUCAAACUGUACAUCAUGGUGGCACUGAAUGGCAACCUUUACCCUCUUCCAUACCAGUUGACAACUUUCCAGGUGUAGGUGGCAAAAACCUGGUUCUUCCAUCUAAGCAAGUGCAGUAUAACCAUGGUUAUCAACUACCCAACUCUUCACAACUUACAAAUAACUUUCUUAUAAGUUCGAGUCAUGGUUACAUGAACUGGAAAGGAGGCAUCGAUCCCAAGCAGUCUUACGAGAGCUCACAUAUGAAUGACCAAGAAUCACAUGCCACAGUAGUGAAUCUGAAAAGAGAUAACUAUCCCCGGGAGAUUUUUGAACUUAGUAAAGCAAAACCUCGAGAGAAGGAAGUGCCUGAGGAGGGAAAUAUAAAGGUAGAAAGCUCUUUUCAGAAAAUAAAUGAGCCUGAAAAAUUGUGGCCUUUGGAAUGCAAAAAAGUUGUUUCCUCGAACCCACUGAAUGAUUCCGCCUCAAGUCACGUUUCUAGAGUUGAAGUUCCGAAUUUCACUGCUUCGGCAGUUGUUGGAAACGAUGUUAUGCAAUCUAAAAUUAAUGAGAAGAGUCAGGAAGAAGUUCAGAGUUCAGCAUCUCCUGUUGCUGUUCAGGAAGAAAAACUUGAUAGGUUCACAGAAGAUGGCUUCUCCGGAUCUGGUAGAAUAUCAAAUUCUGGCUAUGGAGACUCGGGGGCAAACCCACAUGACAUUAGCUACGAACAACCAUCGAUUCCUCCACGAACUUUUCGCUCUGAAUGGAUACCCAGGGAACAGCCCGGCCUUAAUCGUUUAUCCAAAUCUGAUGAUUCUGCUGCCUCGCAAUUCAUAAUGGCCCAUGCAUAUUCUGAAGGCUCACAACAGAUCAUAGAAUCCGUUAAUAAAUUGAACGAUGGGAAUGUGGCUCCCCAGACUGAGCAUUUUGUACCUUCUGGAAGAUCUUUGUCUGCUAAUCUACAUGCUACUGCAGAUAAAGGGGUAAAACUUCAGGAAUCACAAGGGUUAAGUGUCAGUGCCAGAGAAGUUGAUACCAAGUUUAGUGGAGAACUUUCUGAAGCAAAUUAUAAGCCUGAGCUGAAAGCUGCAACUUAUGCAGAGAAAGUGAAAUCUGGACUAAGUGAUCCUAUCUUAAGUAAUAAUAUCCAGGCUGAGUCUGCUUCCAGGAAGACAGAGCUUCAUUGGGGCGAUGCAUCUUCACAUAGAGCCGAGGGAAAUGAAGAAGCAGAGCAACUAAACUCUUUGGCUGAGAAAGAGUGUCAGGUUGGAGCAGCAGUCUCCACAGGGAUACCCUCUGGUACUGUUGGUACACUUGAGCAUGGAAGCAUUCUUUUUGACAUUAAUGACCGCUUUCCCCAUGAUUUUCUCGCUGAUAUAUUUUCCAAAGCCAAGCUUAUGGAUGCCUCACCAGUACCUGCCCCACUGUACAGUGAUGGAACUGGUCUGAGCUUGAAUAUGGAGAACCAUGAACCAAAGAACUGGUCCUUUUUCCAAAAGAUAGCUCAAGGUGAUUUUGAUAGACGAAAUGUCUCUUUGAUGGAUCAGGAUCAUCUUUGUGUGUCUUCUACUCGUGCAAAUGUUGAUGAUGGGGUGUCUAUGGAUUAUGGCUAUCCUCCUUUCAAGGGUGAUGGAGCAAUGAUAGAUCAUAUGGACUCUCAGCUCAAUAUUGAAGCUGAAUUCCAGCAAGCAUCUCCUGAAAUUGUUGUCCCAGACACCAUGGAUUUGCCUUCUGGGUACAACCCUUCUCAAAUCACUGACGUUGAAAGUAUGCAGUAUGAUGUUGAAUUGAGUUCAAAAGUACCUGAAUCGGGUUAUCAGGAUGAGAACCAAGGAGCUCAGAAUGCUGGCUUUCCGCUUACCAAUCUCCCGCUUGGAGACUUUGAUCCCAGCUCUUUGCAGAUAAUCAGUAAUGAAGAUCUUGAAGAGUUAAAGGAAUUAGGUUCUGGAACAUUUGGGACCGUAUAUCAUGGAAAAUGGAGAGGGACUGACGUUGCCAUCAAGAGAAUUAAAAAAAGCUGUUUCACAGGUCGGUCAUCAGAGCAGGAGAGAUUGACUGUGGAGUUUUGGCGUGAAGCUGAAAUUCUUUCAAAACUUCAUCAUCCCAAUGUGGUGGCAUUUUAUGGUGUAGUGAAAGAUGGGCCAGGAGGGACUCUUGCCACAGUAGCAGAGUUCAUGGUGAAUGGUUCUCUUAGACAUGUUUUACUUUGCAAGGACAGACACCUUGAUCGUCGCAAGAGGCUCAUAAUUGCAAUGGAUGCUGCAUUUGGAAUGGAAUAUUUGCACUCGAAGAAUAUUGUGCAUUUUGAUCUGAAAUGUGACAAUUUGCUUGUCAACUUAAAGGAUCCUUCUCGACCCAUUUGUAAGGUGGCUGAUUUUGGGCUGUCAAAAAUCAAGAGAAAUACCUUGGUUACUGGUGGUGUCAGGGGAACGCUUCCAUGGAUGGCUCCAGAGCUAUUGAAUGGUGGAAGUAAUAAGGUUUCCGAGAAGGUAAGCUUUCAAUUCCUCUUUUACGUUUAAAACUUCAAAUGUGAA